AGCAGCCCACACCUUCACAACCUGACGAGGUUGUCAUAUUGGAGGAUGCUGGACAAUCUUCUCAGCCGGACACGGCUGUGGACGGUUCCGCCUUUUCUGGGCCUGUGGCCCAACUCGUAGGCCAGAUGCCGGCUGCGUAUAGGACGGCUUCCCGUUCCUCUGAUAAAGGGAAGGGUCCAGCUGUUGACGGCUCCCCUAGCCUCUCUGACGAUGAAUCUUCUCCAGCUUUUGGAAAGAUGUCUUCGUCCGAUCGUGAGAAGCUCAAGACGGAGCUGUUUAAGUGCUUUCCCGAACCUUAUAUCAAGGGGUUAAGGGGAGCAUCGUCUGGGCAUGUAGGUUACAUGUCUCAGCUUGCUGCCGAGCUUUUUGCUCGCAGCAUGAUAACAGAGGACUGGGCAAAGGAGCUCAGAAAAGAGAAUAAGAAGCUCGUCCACGAUGUGACGGCGGCUGCUGAUCAUGCCCAGUUUGCUAUGGCCCAGCAAGAGGUGCUGCAUCAGCAGACCAAGGUUGCAUUGGAAAAACGGUCUGCCGAGCUAGAGUCUCAGAUCAAAGUCUACCUUCUUCGGUUGACGGAGAUGCUGGACGAACGGGCUUCAUUGGAACGUGUCCUGACGGACGAGAGGAACUCAGUCAUGACGAUGGCUGCUGAUUUUUUCAAAGAGAACCUCGUCCUUAAGGUCAAGAACCAAGCCCUUCGUACUGAGGUGGCCGAGACCAUUGCUGGCGCCAAAGAGGCUAUGAACACCGUCAUAGAUACCUCAAAGGAAUGGGCAUUGCAAGCUUUUGGCAUGAUGGCCGAAGAAGAGGAUAUCCCCAGAUAUGCUCGUCGGCUGGCGUUCCAGGAGGCUUUGCAUAAGGCGACUAUAUCCGGAGCCGACCCUCCCGUUUUUGAAGAAUCUUCUGAAGAUGAAGAGGGGGAGGACGAUGCUGAGGCCCAGGAUGAAGAGGACAAUGAUCCUCCUGCCGCUUAGUUCCUUUGUUGUAUCCUGGCCGUGAGCCAUUUGUAAUUUUCCUCCUUUUGUACUUAGAUGAAUUUUAGGUUGUAAUCAUCUUUUUUACAUUUAUGAAAAGCUAUCUUUUUCAAUCUCUCUUGUUCUAUGCUGUACUGUUUUUGACAUAUUACCUUACAACCUCAUAUCUAUUACAAGUACAAAAACAAUCCGUCAUAAUAUUUGGCUGGUCUAACCAACUCUUUUGGCCGAUCUCAUCCAUUACUAUUAUUAAGGCUAAGUAUAAAUGUAUCUCGUCAAUCAUUCUGAUCUGACCCAGUAGCUCUUUUCUGGACGUUCAUAACCAGAUGCUCAAGCAUACUUGUAAUUUUUAAAUUUCCAAGUAUAGAAGUUUGCUCGGCCAGAGCCCGGGUUCCGUUCGUCCUUGGACAAAGACUUAGUUAGUUUAUAAAUU